UUUGUAAAGUGUCUCGAGAGAACUCUUGUUAUGAAUUGGCGCGAUACAAAUGAAGAUUGAUUGAUUGAUUGAUGGACAAUUAGCCUUACAAGGACCAGUUUCACUGAAAUGAUAAUGAAACCUUAAGCAUGUCAUUUGAUACUUAAAAAGUAAAAGAAACAACAAAAUACUUUGCUGAAAUAUGCCACAUUUUGCAUUUGAACACAAGUCUCAGACUUUAUUUAUUUCUGCACACCAUUAAAGUCUCUUUAGAGACUAAAGACACAGAACCAAGACCAUUAUCUCUAACAGUUUAGUAUGUCACAGCCCACAGUUUGAUACUGAAUCAGGUAUCUUUUUGAUUUUAAAUAAUUCUUCUAUAAGAUAUCACAGGUCGCUCCCUUGUUUCUUGGUAGAAAGUAUUGGAGCAAGAUGUGCUUCAAUUUAAAGUAACAAUUCAAAGUUUGAGCAAAUUCUUAGUGACACUUGAAAGACAAUUGAAUAAUUGAAUACUCUGAAGAACAUAAAAGCUGAAAGGGAAACCCUGGUGUACUCUCACCAUUAGUUUAUUCAUUUGGUCAAUAAAGGCAACAUAAACAAAAAAGGCUUUUACAUUUAUGUUGAAAUAUAGAGAAAUACAAUACAAAAGCUAAAAUAGAUUUUGCCUGUAUUUGUGUGUGUAUGGCACAUGGCUGAGUUUGUUCUGGCAGUGUGUUUAUAUGUGUAUAUGUAUAUAUAUAUAUAUACAUAUAUAUAUAUAUAUAUACACACACACACACACACACACACACACACACACACAUAUAUAAUAGUACAAAUGUUACAGACUGCAUUUUAGCUGAACACAAAACUUUUCCAAAGUGGCCCUCAGCCUCCAGUAUGUUGGCUGCAGCAUGCUGUUUUCCCGCAGAUUGUCUUAUCAGGGCUCGGCAAUACUGCAACCCGGGACCGCUGAUGGGAGGAGUUAACGCAAGUAAACUGAAUCCUUCAUGUGUUCCAAAAGAACAUACACAACAACUGUACAGUUGUUUAUUCAGCACCUGCAGGAAUACAGAUAUGUAAUAUACAGUUUGUAUGUGUGUUUGAAGACAUGAUGGGGUCUUAGAGAAAAGGUAAGUUCCAUUAACCCACUGCUCUGUGUCCCACCAGGUGGCUCCUUAGCUGCAAGCAUCUGGCCUGAAUGUGUUCAACGGCCAACUGUGUUCUCCCAUCAAGGAGAACCUUUGAGGCAUUAACCACCCCAGGCAGGCUGUGUGUGGGGGGGUCCAUGUCAACUCAUUUAUCUGGAGCCAGGUCUCAUGGAGCACCUCAGGAUACAGAGAUGGAUGUGGCCUGGCAGGAGCUGAUGGCCAUCACAGAGCUGCAGUUUGAUGUCCCUGGUGAAGCCCAUGAAACAACACAAUACCAGAGCAUGGAGUCAAUGGUCCAUAUGGGAGCAUAUGGGAUGGCCCAGUCCCAAUAUCAGCCCCCCUCUCCUCCUGCCUGUGAUCUCAGCACCGCCAACACAUAUGAUGGAUGUUACUCUAUAGAGGCAUCUGCCAGUCAUCAAUUAAGUGGCAACGCAGAGGCCAUGUACACACACUCUGAACCUCAGCUAAAUCAGCGCAUGUUCCCAGUCUCUUCUCACACUCAGCCCUCUCUCAUGACUCCAAGGGAAGACCUGAACAUUCCGGGUACCAGUCAGCACAGAAGGUCCAAUGCGGGUCUGUCUCAGGGUCGGCACAUGCUGUGGACCGCACACGGACAAAGUUUGCACGCUCGCCCAGCUGAUGACCUAGAGUCAGACUCUGGCCUGUCGUUGGGUUCUAGUCCACCUUUGGCCUCCCCAGAUAACCCUGUAAGUGGUGCACCAGGGUACCAGAGUGUAGAUAUGAACAUGACAUAUAGUGAUGGUGAACCAGAGAGCAUGACUGGGCACACCAGAGGAGUACAAAUGCAUUAUUCGAUGGACUAUCAGAAUCAAACACACUCCUAUUUACACUCAGGUGCACAUCCAUCUUAUUUUCAAACCCAUACUGCUUAUUCUCACUCACAACCUAAUGCCAUGGCUCCCUGGUCAGUGAAACAGCAGAGCCAGCCCACUGCCCUUGGAGAUUACACUGACUCUGGAGUCACCAGCAGAUGGAGCUCACAGCAUAACCUGUACACCAAACAACCAGGAAGCACAUUAACUCCUGCUCCAUUGAGCAGAGAUGAGCGGCGAGCUAUGGCCUUGAAGAUCCCCAUGCCGAUGGACAGGAUUAUCAAUCUACCUGUGGAUGACUUCAAUGAGCUCCUGACACAGUACACUCUGACAGAUACUCAACUAGCACUGGUCAGGGACAUAAGACGCAGAGGGAAAAACAAGGUGGCUGCCCAAAACUGCAGAAAAAGGAAACUUGAAAGCAUCUUUCACCUUGAAAGAGAACUGAAUCAGCUGCAGACUCAAAGAGAACACCUGGCACAGGAAAGACAGGAGUUUAAGCGCAGCUUGGCUUUUAUUAAAUGUCGCCUGGCAGACCUCUAUACUGAAGUCUUCUCUCACUUGAGAGAUGAAGAUGGACAACCAUACUCAGUGGAUGAAUACUCCCUACAACAGACACCAGAUGGUAAAAUUUAUUUGGUACCGCACACAUCUAUGCACAAAAGAGACAAUUGCUGAGAACUGGGAGUACAUUCAAUGUUUGUUAUGCAAGACAUAUAGCAUAAUGCAUUUCUGUGCUAUUUGGGUAAAUCAACUGGCUGAAUUUCUGUAUGUGCUUAUGACAUUUUAAAACACAAAGACUGCAAUAACAUUGGCACAACAACAAAAGACAAACCAAGCAAGGGGUUUAAUGAAAAUAUACUUUAUUUUAAAAAUAAAUAAAGACUGCACCGCAGUCAACUUCUGUCGGUUUAAAAUCUUCAUUACCAGCAUGAUUGUUUGGAAACCCUGUGAAAACAGACGUGGUUAGAUCAUUCAUAAAUUAAAUAGUAAAUUGUUGUGUUCCAAGUUUUAAGAUUUGUACCUUAAGCCAUUGUCACAGAAAUGAAGUCAGGUUCCUGGGAAAACAUUUGGAGCUCCCUAGAAAGGAGAAACAAAUAAGUAAAAGAGCAAUAUAGUGCCUUCAUUUAUAACAGCAUGCAAUUACAUUGUACCACUAUGCAAAAUUAGUUGGCCGAUUAUACCAGUCAACACUGUUCCAAGUCAUAAUAAAACUUGUUUCCAAAUGAUUGUUACGUCAUUACUGGGCUACAGAACUUACUAUCAGCUACAUGACAAAUCAAGAAAGACAUACCAUCAGUAUGUGAGAAGUCUGGUCUUACCUACACAGCAUAUAAGCCCUUUGGUAGCUGCUGCCUGCUAGUCUCAGGCUUCUGUUCUCACUCUCCCCUGCUUCAAUGAUCCUGGCGAUGGUUUUGCUACUUCUCUCCCUCAGCUGGCUUCCAUGGCUAGCCUCAAAGACUUUGCAUGUAAGCUAGCAUCCUCCAGGUGAUCUUUGCAGAACUCAGGGUAGAGUCUUAUGAUGAAUUUAAUAGUACACCACCUUCUGUUCCUCAUCAGUAUUGAAAAUGCAUGUUGUUUUCUAGUGCUGUCCUCCCCCUCUCCAUCACCUCAGUGCAAUGGUCUUGUCCAACCUUACAACAUGUUAUUUCAACUGUGGCUCUUGCCCCCACUUUAAUGCAUCAUGAGAUAAUGAACCAUCCCUUUCCCAAACCACUGAAGAGGCUAACAGACCGUUUAAAAAAACUGAAAGAUGUUUUAUUUCAGCUUGAUUGGUUGCAGUUACAAAUAAAAACCAGACUCAAUGAAGAAAAAAAAAAAAAA